GGGGCGGGGCCACGUUGCGUCAUCGGGGCGCGCGCUGCGGAUGAUGUUGUGGUCGCCGGAAGUUGAACGGCGGUAAGCAGCAAUGGCAGCAACCACGGGGGACACUGGACUCUCCAAACUGCAGUUUGCCCCCUUUAGCAGUGCCUUGGAUGUUGGGUUCUGGCAUGAGUUGACCCAGAAGAAGCUGAAUGAGUAUCGGCUGGAUGAAGCUCCCAAGGACAUUAAGGGUUAUUACUACAAUGGUGAUUCUGCUGGGCUGCCAGCUCGCUUAACCUUGGAAUUCAGUGCUUUUGACAUGAGUGCUCCCACCCCAGCCCAUUGCUGCCCAGCUGUUGGGACACUGUAUAACACCAACACGCUUGAGUCUUUCAAGACUGCAGAUAAGAAGCUCCUUUUGGAAAAAGCAGCAAAUGAGAUAUGGGAAUCCAUAAAAUCGGGUGCUGCUCUUGAAAAUCCUGUGCUCCUCAAUAAGUUCCUCCUCUUGACAUUUGCAGAUCUAAAGAAAUACCACUUCUACUAUUGGUUUUGCUAUCCUGCCCUCUGUCUUCCAGAGAGUUUACCUCUCAUUCAAGGACCAGUGAGUUUGGGUCAACGGUUUUCACCAAAACAGAUUCAAGCCCUUGAGCGUGCAUAUGAUGAUCUUUGUCAAAUAGAACACAUCACAGCCCUUCCUUACUUCUUAAUCAAGUACGAUGAGAACAUGGUGCUGGUUUCCUUGCUUAAACACUACAGUGAUUUCUUCCAAGGUGAAAGAACAAAGAUAACAAUUGGUGUAUAUGAUCCCUGUAACUUAGCCCAGUACCCUGGAUGGCCUUUGAGGAAUUUUUUGGUCCUAGCAGCCCACAGAUGGAGUAGCAGUUUCCAGUCUGUUGAAGUCCUUUGCUUCCGGGACCGCACCAUGCAGGGGGCGAGAGACGUUGCCCACAGCAUCAUCUUCGAAGUGAAGCUUCCAGAAAUGGCAUUUAGCCCAGAUUGUCCUAAAGCAGUUGGUUGGGAAAGGAACCAGAAAGGAGGCAUGGGACCAAGGAUGGUGAACCUCAGUGAAUGUAUGGACCCUAAAAGGUUAGCUGAGUCAUCAGUAGAUCUGAACCUCAAAUUGAUGUGUUGGAGAUUGGUCCCUACUUUAGACUUGGACAAGGUUGUGUCUGUCAAAUGUCUGCUGCUUGGAGCUGGCACCUUGGGUUGCAAUGUAGCUAGGACGCUGAUGGGUUGGGGCGUCAGACACAUCACAUUUGUGGACAAUGCCAAGAUCUCCUAUUCCAAUCCUGUGAGGCAGCCUCUCUAUGAGUUUGAAGAUUGCUUGGGGGGCGGAAAGCCCAAGGCUCUGGCUGCAGCAGACCGACUCCAGAAAAUAUUCCCCGGAGUGAAUGCCAGAGGGUUCAACAUGAGCAUCCCCAUGCCUGGACAUCCAGUGAACUUCUCCAGUGUCACCCUGGAGCAAGCCCGCAGGGAUGUGGAGCAACUAGAGCAGCUCAUCGAAAGCCAUGAUGUCAUUUUCCUGCUGAUGGACACCAGGGAGAGCAGGUGGCUUCCUGCUGUCAUUGCUGCGAGCAAGAGAAAGCUAGUCAUCAAUGCAGCCUUGGGAUUUGACACAUUUGUUGUCAUGAGACAUGGCCUAAAGAAACCAAAGCAGCAGGGUGCCGGGGACUUGUGUCCAAGCCACCCUGUGGCAUCUGACCUCCUGGGCUCAUCGCUUUUUGCCAACAUCCCUGGUUACAAGCUCGGCUGCUAUUUCUGCAAUGAUGUGGUGGCCCCAGGAGAUUCAACCAGAGACCGGACCUUGGAUCAGCAGUGCACUGUGAGUCGUCCAGGAUUGGCCAUGAUUGCAGGAGCCCUGGCAGUGGAAUUGAUGGUUUCUGUUUUGCAGCAUCCAGAAGGGGGCUAUGCCAUCGCCAGUAGCAGUGACGAUCGAAUGAACGAACCUCCAACCUCUCUUGGACUUGUGCCUCACCAGAUCCGGGGAUUUCUGUCACGGUUUGAUAAUGUCCUUCCUGUCAGCCUGGCAUUUGACAAAUGUACAGCUUGUUCUUCCAGAGCCCGAAGCGGGAGCCGCCGCCGCCACCUGGGUCGUCGCUUCUCGGCGCAGCUCCAGAGCGCCCCAGGCCCCGGAGGAGCCGCCGCGAGAGGCCGCGAGGGGGCAGGGACGGCUGGAGAGGCCGGUCUAGCCCUCCGGCUGGUCGCCAGGAACUGCCGCUCUGCCUCGGGUUGA